CAUGAAUCUAGAGAAACGUUACUGGGAUUCAAUAUGGUGAAUUAUCGAGCAUGUAAGAAUUUGUGGAAAGCUUGUGUUGAACAUCACACGUUCUUCCGUUUGGACAGACCACUCCCCCCUCAGAAGAACUUUUUUGCACAUUAUUUCACUUUGGGUUCCAAGUUCCGGUACUGUGGGAGAACAGAGGUUCAGUCUGUGCAGUAUGGUAAAGAAAGAGCAAACAAGGACAGGGUAUUUGCAAGAUCCCCCAGUAAACCCUUGGCACGGAAAUUAAUGAGUGGGAUGGACUGGGAAGUAGUGAGUAGGAAUUCACUGUCUGAUGAUAGGUUGGAAACACAGAGUCUACCAUCACGGUCUCCACCUGGAACCCCGAAUCAUCGCAACUCUGCCUUUACUCAAGAAGGAGCUCGGUUACGACCCUCAUCAGUCGGACAUUUAGUGGACCAUGUAGUUCACACUUCCCCAAGUGACGUAUUUGUCAAUCACAGAUCUCCAUCUUCCACCCAAGCUAAUAGCAUCAUACUGGAAUCAUCACCAUCUCAAGAGACUCCUAUAGAUGGGCAGCCUCCUGCGUUACCACCCAAACAAUUUAAAAAGAACAGUUGGAACCAAAUUCAUCAUUCACACUCGCAGCAAGAACUGGAUAACCAUAUUAAUGAAACGUUUGAUGUUCCUGCAUCACCUGAAAAAUCCACACCCAAUGGUGGUGUCCCCCAUGACAAUCUCGUUAUGAUCAGAAUGAAACCAGAUGAAAAUGGAAGGUUUGGCUUCAAUGUAAAGGGUGGAUAUGAUCAGAAGAUGCCGGUAAUAGUGUCCAGGGUAGCUCCAGGAACACCUGCUGAUCUCUGUGUCCCUCGUCUGAAUGAAGGGGACCAGGUUGUACUGAUUAACGGCAGGGAUAUAGCAGAACAUACCCAUGAUCAAGUUGUUAUGUUUAUUAAAGCUAGCUGUGAGAGACACUCAGGGGAACUUGUGCUCCUAGUUCGACCCAAUGCUGUCUAUGAUGUUGUGGAAGAGAAGCUGGAGAGCGAGCCUGACUUCCAGUACAUCCCUGAGAAAUCUCCACUUGAUGGUGUCCAUCAAGAUGAUAAUGCUCUGAGGGAAUCCAUGAUUCAGCUAGCCGAGGGGCUUAUCACUGGAACUGUUUUGGCUCAGUUCGAUCAAUUGUAUAGGAAAAAGCCUGGAAUGACAAUGUCUUGUGCCAGAUUACCUCAAAACAUUUCCAAAAAUAGAUACAGAGACAUUUCGCCUUAUGAUGCUACACGGGUUAUUUUAAAAAGUAAUGAAGAUUACAUCAAUGCAAAUUAUAUAAACAUGGAAAUUCCUUCUUCCACAAUAAUAAACCAGUACAUUGCUUGUCAAGGUCCAUUACCGAACACUUGUCCUGAUUUUUGGCAGAUGACUUGGGAACAAGGCUCAUCUAUGGUUGUAAUGUUAACGACUCAAGUUGAACGGGGCAGAGUUAAAUGCCAUCAGUACUGGCCAGAGCCAUCAGGAAGCUCAUCAUACGGGAAUUUCCAGAUUACUUGCCAUUCAGAAGAAGGAAAUCCUGCUUAUGUUUUUCGAGAAAUGACGUUGACUAAUCUGGAGAAAGAGGAAAGCCGCCAACUGACCCAAAUCCAGUAUAUAGCAUGGCCUGAUCAUGGGGUUCCUGAUGAUUCCAGCGAUUUCCUAGAUUUCGUGUGUCUUGUGCGAAAGAAGAGGGCUGGCAGAGAAGAACCUGUUGUUGUUCAUUGCAGUGCUGGGAUUGGACGGACAGGAGUUCUUAUCACUAUGGAGACAGCUAUGUGUCUCAUUGAGUGCAAUCAGCCUGUUUAUCCAUUAGAUAUUGUAAGAACCAUGAGAGAUCAAAGAGCCAUGAUGAUCCAAACACCUAGUCAAUACAGAUUUGUAUGUGAAGCUAUUUUGAAGGUGUAUGAAGAAGGAUUUAUUAAACCUUUACAAGCAUCACUGCAUAAGUAAAGAGCAAAAAAACCUAGGAUAUCAGUUGAGUAAUUCUGUCUUCUAUAAUGAACUGGCAGCCUCCUUUGUGCCAUAAUACUGCUUGCAGGAAACGAUAGUGAAGUACAGCAAAGAAUUGACAAAGGACUUUGAAAACUUCAGCACUGUUGCACUUUACGUUGAAACAAAAUCAGUCUCUGAAACUCUUCUAACCUUCAUCUAUUUGAAGACUUUAUUUUCGUGCUUUGCUCCGAACGAACCAUAAACUGAAAGAACUAAUUGUGUUCAGGGUAAUCUACGAUAUUUCGUUGUAGUGCCACAUACUGCGCUUCUGGUUGAAUUGCUACAAACAAGGCUUGGAAUUAUUUCACUCUGUUUUACACCCAUGUCUCUUAAAAUGAAAAAGAAAUUAAAAAAAUACACUAAGCCAUGGUCUUUUUCCAGUGCUAGGUUUAUUUACUAUGUACAGACUCUCACUGUUUUGUUUUUUACAACAUUAGCAAUAUUGCUGAUACUAGAUAGAUACACACUGCCUACUGAUGCAGCACACUUUGUCCUACACCCUUACUAGAGACCAGCUGGAUGUUAGAGGAAAGCUGGCAUCUGUGUUAACCCAGCAGUAGCUGCAUAAUGCCCACUUACCAGCAUCUUGUACAAAAUAAUAACAAUAAAAAUUAAAA